GGGUUUUGUCUUGAGAAAGGGAAAUUACAUUCAGAAAAAAAAGGUGAAUUAAUUAAUUCUGAGCAACCAAUGUGCACUGGGGUCAAGCCAAACUCCGCUCGAAAAGAAGACAUCAAGGCAGCCGCCCCUAGUUUUGUUUAUACUAGGCAUUACGGCAAAAAGCGGGCAACUACCAUCUGGGAGUCGAGUCCACUGUACUACAGAACUGUUAUUGCUGAGAUUGUGACAUUUACGAGGAGGACGUGAACGCAGCGCCAGUCCGGUUCCCCAGUUGGCUCCAUCCCGCUUCUUGCCCGUUGCCCGGGGUCCAUGUUGUUCUGUCAGGCCAAGCGAACGAGUGCCCCGGCCCCAAAACUCUCACGUUGCAACAUUGUGUGCGAAAACGUCUGUGGAAGUGUGUUUGACCCCCUGCGAAUCAACAUGGCAGACUACCGGGACGACACCGGAGCUCGGGCCUUGCUCGCCCUGCAGUCGGCGCCGUGCAGCCCCGUCCGAGUCGCGAUCACCUCGCACUCCUUCAACCACCACCAGCCCUCGCUUCCCUUCUUGGGUCCGCCGCUGAUAGAAGCCUCCGCCGGUGUUCGGCCGGCUCGCCUGGCGUCUCCUCUUCCCCAGGCCCUGGCCAGACUCGAGGGCCGGGACUUCGAGUUUGUCAUGCGCCAGAGGACGGUCACUAUCGGUCGGAACUCGUCCCACGGCUCCGUGGACAUCAACAUGGGUCACUCGAGUUUCAUCUCGCGGCGGCACCUGCAGCUGAGCUACGACGAGACCAGCGGCUUCUCGCUGCGGUGCCUGGGCAAGAACGGGGUGUUCGUGGACGGCGUGUUCCAGCGGAGAGGGGCGCCUCCGCUGCCGCUUCCCCCGCAGUGUGUGUUCCGCUUUCCCAGCACGGUCAUCAAGAUCCAGUUUGCGUCACUCGUCCCCGCUGAGGAGCAGCGCGAGAGGGAGGCGCCCUCGCCGCCCCUGCGCCCGCUCGUGCCUCACAUCUCCCCGCUCAAGAUCAGCAUUCCCACCGCGCAGCAGCAUGAAGAACACAUCAGGGCAUUCGGGUCGCCGCUACCGUCGCCUACAGGCACCCUCAGCGUUCCCAACUCUUGCCCAGCGAGCCCUCGCGGCGCUGGGUCGUCGGGCUACCGCUACGGCCGCAACGUGACCAGCGACUUGCAGCUGGCGGCCGAGUACGCUGCCCAGGCCGUGUCGGAGCAGAGGCGCAGCAACGUCGUCGAGCGACGGGGCGCGGCCGGAGAGCCCCGGGGGGAGUCGGCCGGGGGCGGUGACGACAGCCCCAAGGACGAGUCCAAACCGCCGUAUUCGUACGCUCAGCUGAUCGUGCAGGCCAUCUCCUCGGCGCCCGACAAGCAGCUGACGCUCAGUGGGAUCUACGCCCACAUCACCAAACACUACCCGUACUACCGCACUGCAGACAAGGGCUGGCAGAACUCGAUCCGACACAACCUGUCGUUGAACCGCUACUUCCUGAAAGUGGCGCGAUCGCAGGACGAGCCGGGCAAGGGCAGCUUCUGGCGGGUGGACUCGGCCUCGGAGAACAAGCUGGUGGAGCAGGCCUUCCGGAAGCGGAGGCAGAGGGGCGUGGCUUGCUUCCGGACCCCAUUCGGGCCCCUCUCGUCCCGGAGCGCCCCCGCGUCGCCCACCCACCAGGGACUGCUUUCCCCACCGUCCAGCGGGCUGCAGACCCCCGAAUGUCUGAGCAGGGAGGGGUCCCCCGUGCCCCCCGACCACCACGAGCAGCUGGCGCACAAGCUGGCCGCCGUGCCCGAAUAUCGAUACUCGCAGAGCGCCCCAGGGUCUCCGGUCAGCGCUCAGCCGGUCAUCAUGGCGGCGCCGCCUCACCCGAGCGCCGCCAUAGGCAAAGCCCUGACGCUCUUCCCGGGGGGCGGUGGCCAGGUCCACCUCCUCCACAACCCGCCGCCGCCGUCGUCGUCGUCCCAGCUCACCAUGUUGCGCGUGGUCACAAGCGGUGCCCCUCCCAACGGCUACUGCGCCCCCUCGCUGGCCAAUCCGGGGCCGGGUGGCGGCGAGCUCAGAGAGGCGCCGUUGAAGCGAGAACUGGUGAUCCAGACGGUGGAUGGUGCCGCCCAGGGGGUGGAUUCUCGCAACCUGGCGCUGGGCCUGCACCAACUUCCCGUGCUUCCCGUUACUCACAACGGGAAGCACGCCCACGCCACAAUUGCCACGGCAACCAACCUCGCCGCUUUUGCUUCAGGUCUAAGCAAUCCUCUCCAGAUUCUGGCGGCCCAGGCCUCCAGCUCUCCCCCGGUUCUGGUGAGUCGUCCGCUUUCCGCCGAGGGUGACGAACCUCAGGCCAAGCGGUCCAAGACGAGCGACGUCGAGGGGUCCACCGCCGCUUUCGUUGCCUCCCAGCAGCCUGUUAUCGUGGCUGUGACUCCACAAACUCCAGAGCCCAGGAAGUGAACUCUCAAAAAAAAAAAGUGUGUGUGUGUGUGUGUGGGGGGGGGGGGGGUCCUCUGGAAAAAACACCCGAAGGGAAUUUUGUUGUGGGGGGGGAAAAAAAGAAUCCAACUUCAAAAUAAAUGGAAGCAAACACUAUUUUCAGACUUUUUCGUGAACGCAGAAAUGGGAUUUCUGGGUCGCCAAGAUGACGACGACGCGGUUGCAACUUUGACAUGUCAGUGGGCGAAAUUCUAGAAAUUAUUUUCAAACACUAAAUUAAAACAGUGUCUUCGUUUUGGGCAAGCGAAGGCAUCGUUUUAAAUUAGCAGAUGAAAACAAGAAAAGACACACGCACACACGUGAACUCUUUCAAAACAACAAAAAUGCCUUAAAAAGAUUUCUACACUCAUUUUUAUAUUAACCUUUUGAGCUUUUUAGAAUGUUAACGCGACAUAAAGAUGCGCUAGCCGAGCCGCCAUGCUAACGUGGCUCCUAUGAGCUAUUUUUUUCUUAAAACAUUUUGUGUAAGAAAAAGAAAACGUGUAGUUAGAUACAUUCUAGAAAGAUUACAAUGUAUUUUUUUGUAAACAUCCCUCAGUUGUGAUUAAGAACUGUUGUAGCACAAAAUUAAAGCCACUUUUGACUCAA